AUUGCCUCUGCCUCCUACAAAAGGAUAUAAGAAUAAUUAUGAAUUUGCAAAAACACCAAACAUUUCCUUCUCGUUGCGGCGUCGCCCACCAGAUCUGCUAUCUUCUCCGACUUCCACUCUCCGAAGAUUUCCAUUCCCCGAUCUUAUCGAUUCAAGUUUUACUUCUCUACAGCCGCAGGCGUUAACGGUUGGUGGGGUUGGGGUUAGGGUUUACAAUUCGAGUGAAUUUUCCUUCAAUGAAUCGCAGCAGAAAUUCUCUCAACAAAGUGAAGAAGCGAAGCCGUACAACCCAACAGUGAGAGGGAGUUGUUGGUGGAAGAAUUGUGAUCCGGGGAGCAAAUGGCACCGGUUUAUUACAUCCUCAUUGCGUUGCCUUGCACGGUCGGGUCCAUUGCUUUGGCGAUUUUGCACAUUUACAGGCACCUUUUGAAUUAUACUGAACCUACUUUUCAGAGAUAUAUUGUCCGCAUCAUUUUUAUGGUCCCAGUUUAUGCAUUAAUGUCCUUUUUCUCCCUUUUGUUCAAUGAGAGCUCAAUCUAUUUUAAUUCCAUUCGGGAAGUAUAUGAAGCUUGGGUCAUUUAUAAUUUCCUGUCAUUAUGCCUGGCAUGGGUUGGUGGCCCAGGAGCUGUUGUUUUAAGUUUAAGCGGUCGUGUUUUGAAGCCAAGUUGGCAUCUGAUGACUUGUUGCUUUGGUCCCAUUCCAAUGGACGGGCGUUUUAUUCGGAGGUGCAAGCAAGGUUGUCUGCAGUUUGUGAUUUUGAAGCCAAUUUUAGUUGCAGUUACAUUCGUACUCUAUGCCAAAGGGAAAUAUCAAGACGGGAAUUUCAGUCCAAAUCAGUCAUAUUUGUAUCUUACCAUCAUCUAUACGAUCUCAUACACAAUGGCGCUUUAUGCUUUGGUCUUAUUUUAUGUGGCGUGCAGAGAUUUGCUUAAGCCAUACAAUCCAGUACCAAAGUUCAUUAUAAUCAAGUCUGUCGUUUUUCUGACUUAUUGGCAGGGUGUUCUGGUUUUCCUUGCUGCGAAGACUGGAUUUAUUAAAAAUGCAGAGGAGGCUGCUGAAUUCCAAAAUUUUAUAAUCUGUGUUGAGAUGCUUAUUGCAGCUGUGGGCCAUCUUUUUGCCUUUCCAUACAAAGAGUAUGCUGGUGCAAAUAUUGGUGGUUCUCGUGGGUUGACGGCAAGCCUCGCACAUGCUCUGAUGUUAAAUGACUUUUACCAUGACACGGUCCACCAGUUUGCACCAACUUAUCAUGAUUAUGUACUCUACAACCAUGGCGACGGUGAUGAUGGUACAAGGAAGUAUCGAUCUAGGACAUUUGUUCCAACUGGCCCAGAGAUGGAUACAGUUAGAAAAAACAAGCACAUUUUUGGAAACAAGUUGGAUGACAUACAACUAUCCAGUCUCUCAUCUUCUGCUACGAGCACUCCCACGAGACCUGGCAUUGAAUCUGAUACUGCUAAUCCUGAAAGAACAAGCUCUUCCCUGCUAGUGGAUACCUCAAAUUCUGUCUCUGUGCCAUAUGACAUGUCACUUAUUGACAUGGAUAUAAAAUGAUCUCUUUUUAGCCCAACUAGUCAUAUGCUUAACCACUCUGCAAAGAUCCCUCCCGCUAAUGACGCUGGAACAAGAUGACGAGAAUGAAUGGAAACACUAGAUUUCUGCUUGUUUGCUGAUUGGUAUUGGUCACGGUUUCUUCAACUUCUUGUGCGUUAUGGAGCCCUCAACUCUCUCCAUUACUUUUAGUCACUGACGUUAGGCUUUGUACAUGUAGGAUAAUAUCCUUUCCCCUCCUCCCCUUUCUCUGUAGUAGUUUUUUUUAGUGGUCUGUUUGUCUUACCGUUAUCCACUUCUUGUCAUACCUGUGUGUAGAUACAAAACUGAUUGUGGUGCUUUUCUCUUAUUGAGUUGGAGGUCAUGAUACUACAGAAGAAUUUAGGGUUUGAAAUUGGUUCUUUUUGAAGAAUUUAUGGAAAUGUUGGAGUGAUUUUGCAUUGAUAGAA